AUGCGUCAAAGAGCACCACUAUAUAUUGGUUUGGUCUUAGCAGAUGCGAAGGGAGAUGCCAUGUAUGCUGAGAUUCCCCAGGAAAUAAUACCGGCAGUAGAUCCUCUUACAUGUGUCGACAAUAUCUAUGUGAUCAGCAAAUUCAAAGUCAACCCUGCGAAGGCAACAUACAAGCCUUUGGAUGAUGUCCUGGGUUACAUUACAAGAUACAACUCGGUAACAUCCAUAACCCCCAAAGGCAAGGAAAGAGCAAGUAUCCUUAGGGAAGUCUUUAUAAAGGACAUGAGUGACAACGAGCUCAAAAUAACCCUCUGGAGUGAUUACGCAAUGAACUUCACUGUAGACCAUCUCAACACUAAAGAAAACCCAAAAGCAGUUAUUGCUCUCUUCGUCAGUUUCAUACCUAGAAAAUGGCACUCACGGGACAUUGAAGACAAACCUUAUCUUAGUGCCAGCAGUGGUUGCCAUUACUAUUUAAACCCUGAUAUCAAAGAAGCUUUGCCAUUUUACAACAGGUUUAAGGAUCAGCCAAUAUAUAUAGAACGGCCUCCACUGUCUGAAGCAGAAGUGCCUAUGCAGCCACAUGAUACUCCACUACAACAGAAAAAUAUUGCUGAGCUAAAUAGCAUAGAUCCAUAUGAGUUUGCGGACGAAGGCUAUAAAUGCACGGUGACCGUCACAAACAUAGCAGAUAACAAUAACUGGUGGUACAUGUCUUGCAAAGGAUGCAAGAAAAAAAUGGAUCCUCAGCUUGGAGGAUACAAAUGUCCAAAAUGCUAUGCCACAACACCUUGGCCCAGGUACCUACUAAAUUUCACCGCGAAGGAUGAAACAGGAGAAGCAAGUUUUUUCGCCUAUGAUGAGAUAGCCAAGUUAAUUGUUCAGAAAGACCACGAUCUAAUUAUAAACCCUUUGAAAUUAGCAUCUGGCCUACCUCAGCCUCUCCGGUCCAUUAUUUCCAAGAAAUUUACUUUCUCCGUUGGCCUCACUGAAGACUCAUUCACCACUAGAGCAAGGAGGCAGUACCUGGUCAAUCAUAUUUUAGAUAGAUCUGAUAGGCAAAACUCUGCACUGAACAUUGCUGCAUCUGGAAAACCCGCAGAAACUGUUCCAGCUCCAGCAACCACAUCUACGCAGCCACCAAGUUCACUUUAUAUCACGCAUGGUCCACAACCUCAGCAACAAGUUCUUCAGAUUACCCACGACAAUCAAUCAGUAUGCUAA